AAAUCUCAAAGAUCUGGCGGUCUUAUUGAGUCUAGUGGGGGGGGGGUUGUUCUGCUUCGUCGUUAGUCUUUGUCACUUGAAACCCAAAUUAAUGUCUAUUAUUUCUGUCAUACGGCUCUACUAGUUAUUCUUUUUCUGAAAUAUUAUUAUUUUUACCAAUCAUAAUUCUGGAUCGUCUCGGCUGUUGUUUGGCAACGUGUAGUCAGUAACAUUAUGGUUAUUUCGUAUUCGUUUACAGUUAAACUGGACCACUCAUUUUAAUUUCUCUGUUGGCGUUAAUUCUUAAUUGUCUAGUUGAGAUAUUUUACGCUUUAUCUCCUAAACCAUUCUAUCAGGUACAAAUUUAACUUCCUAUUUCAUUAAUCCUUAACUGCUGUCGUACAUCGGCUGCAUACUUUGUGUUUGUUUUGGUCGCUAUUCCACAAAUUUAUGGGUUAAAGAAAUAAGAUGAUUGUUCCUAUUUCAAUUACGUCGGAUUAUAAUUUUUAUGCACAAAUUUCAAGGCUAAGUCAUCUGCAGGAUAAAUGAACGCAUGCAGACAUGGCCGUAUUGGCCUAGAAGGAGUGACUGAUGGACAAUCCUGUGCUGCUAAGUGUUCUCUAGCAUCCGAAACAUCACCCAUUUAUUGUCAGGAUAAGGAUUCGGGGAACUUUUGUGUAUGUGGUGCACCUGGUUGUAGUACGAGAAAAGUUACUAACCGUCUUAAUAUGGAAUCGGAUAUCACUGAGCUGGCUCCAAGCAUAGAUGGUGCCUCAACUACCAAUCUCCCUGGCCAGUACCAAGAUACAUCAAAACCAAAGUUGGGUACGUACGUUAUUGAAAGAACCAUUGGGAAAGGGAUAUUCUCGUCAGUCAAGCUCGCCAAGCACACCAUAACUGGAAUAUUCGUAAUUUAUGUUAGUUCCCUCUCUUUUGACUUCGUAGGUUGCAAUAAAAAUCGUUGACAAAUCCCGUCUAAGUCCUGAAAAUCUUAAAAAAAUAUACAGAGAAUCUGAUAUUUUAAAGGAGCUUCACCAUUCAAAUAUCGUAAAACUUUAUCAGGUUAUGGAAACUCAGCGACUACUCUGUAUGGUAAUGGAGUAUGUUUCAAAUGGCGAGCUAUUUGACUACAUAGCCACAAAUGGAAGAUUUUCUGAGGUUGAUGCUCGGAUCAAAUUUUUGGAUGUACUUUCGGCUGUCGAUUACACUCACUCUUGCGGUAUUGUACAUCGAGAUCUAAAGGCUGAAAACAUAUUGCUAGAUUCAGAAAUGAAUAUCAAAUUAGCGGAUUUUAGCUUCGGCACACAUUUCAACUCACCUAAUCACCUUUUAACUACGUGGUGUGGUAGUCCUCCGUAUGCUGCACCAGAAAUAUUUUUAGGCGAACCAUACAUUGGAGUGAAAGCAGAUAUCUGGAGUUUAGGUGUUAUUCUUUACGUCAUGGUGUGUGGUGCUCUUCCAUUCGAUGCCCAAUCUCUUCCUCAUUUGAAAAAUCAAGUCCUUUCCGCCAGUUUUCGUGUUCCGUAUUGGCUUUCUAUGGCAUGUGAACAAGUAAUACGUAGUAUGUUGUCGAAAGAACCGAGCGAUCGUCCGACAACAAAACGUAUCAGUCAAUUUCCAUGGUUCACGUCAUCAACAAUUCCACAUAAUCAUUAUCACGAUAAACUAAUUGCAAAUGUUAUGUCUAAUUCAUUGGCCACAAUGCAUUUAACUAAUCAACCUGUCCCUACACAGACAACGUUACGACAAACAUUGUCACCCUGUGGUGCUAAUACAAAUAUUUUAAAUAAAUCCACGGACUGUGAUUUAGUUCAACCCACGUUUAUUUUGAAACAUUGUUCUUGUGAUUGCUCUUCGAAAUUCUCAUGGAGUAAAGACGAUCUACAAAGUCCUGGGCCUAAUUUAGCGGCUGAAAUGAAAGUUGGUAAACUAAAUGAAUUAGUUAUUAUGAUUAUGGAGUCUUAUGGAAUGUGUCGCACUCAAAUUCUCAAAUCACUUCUACGUUGUGCUUACGAUCAUCUGACAGCUACUUACCUCUUAUUGGGCGAGAAAUUACGUUUGCAUAAUCUGAACAUUGAUUCAUCGACCACACCUAUUACAGAUUCUGGAAUAAUUAUACCUAAUUGUGACCAUCCAACAACAUCAUGUUAUUCAAUUAUGGCUCCUGAGCAUAAAAGUUUCAAUACCAGUCCUGAUUCUGUUAUGAUUCCGAAUUCUAUUCCAUCACCCCAACCAUUAUCAUCGUCGAUUUCCGUACCACAACCAAACUAUUCAGCUUUACCUACAAGUAUACCUCCAGUUUUCCCACUGUCCUCCAUAAAUUCAAUGAAUAUGGACCUUCCUUUAUCUAGUUGCUCUUCAUCUAUGGAACGAUUAGAUGAAUCUACAAAUAAUCUCAACUACUUUGCCGAUGCCUCAAUCGAUAAUAGUGAUCAUAAGGACAGUGAUUCCCAAAUAAUCGAUAAAAAAGAAAGUGAUAAUUUAACUGUUGAUUCAGCAUAUGGUGUUGCUUUACAGUCCACAUAUGUUAAUAACUCUGCUUCAGAUCGUGUUAUACUUCAGUCUUGUUUGCCUGUAGAGGAUGAAAUAAGAAUUGUCAGUGGUGGUACUGGUAAUGUUACUGUUGGUGACAGACCGCAACAUCGUGUUUUAGCUAGACGAAAAUAUGGAAUUUGUAGUCCACCAGCCUGUUUAGAAGAAAUAAAGCAGGCAUUGAUUUCACAAAAUCACCAGACACCACUCACACAUGAGAGGAAUAUUACAGAUGAUUUACCAUGAUUAUUGAUAGUGAAAUAGUACCUAACACAUGCCUAUUCCUUUCUAAAGAAAUGAUAAUAAUGAGAUGGAUUAAUUGUAUUUUAUUUGUAUUGAAAAGUAAUCAAUGAGCACAAAAUCGUUAGAAAUUCUUGUUUUUUUACCAACAAUAUGUAAUUAUAUCCCCCCACUCAAUCCCUUGUUCUCUAAAAAUUGUUUUCUCACAUUAUGGGAUGAAUGCAAAGCAAACAUGUAGACAGAUGUGAAAACCCACAAGAGGACAUACACCAUCAUCAUUAGACCUUAUUUUCUCAUAGUCUUUCGCGAUAUAAUAAUAACUCCAAUAUUCGUCACUUAAUUUCAUUGCUUUUCUCGUUAUUUUUGCAUUGUUUCACAGAUAGUUUUUAUUGGCUUGUAACAUUUUUUUUCUGUAAAAACCAACUAUGUACUCAAUCAAAGAAUCUAGAUAUAUCCUAUCCUACAUGAACUGUCAGUUCAAAGGUAGAACUUGAUUUCAUUCACACUACAAUAGUGUUGACCAUUCCUUAUGUUGUUCUCAUCAUGGUGAUUUUUCCUGCUCUUAUUUCUACGCUUCUCCGUUUUGUCCAAACAAAGUGUUCUUCUUCUAAAUACAGCAUUUUACCUUUUCGAUAUCUAAUUACCAUUGACUUGAAAAUUGUGAAUACAUAUUCGCACUAGCUAAUAAAAUAAUAGAUAUCGUUUCUACUGAACUUUUAAUGAAAUAGCACUUGUCAUAUAAUUCAUGUUUUGCAUGUGUAUGUGUGACUUUACAUAUGUAUUCAUUAUAUUAUUAGAGAUAUAGAUUUACUCGAUAAUUUGGUAUUAAUUUUCCAUUUGUCUAUCUUCCAUGUAUCAUGCGAUGUGUACAUAUAAGCUGUGUAUUGUAUAUUUUAUGAAAAAAACCGGAGUAAAGCUUACUAACUAUGUAACAAGUUGUAUUGUGUAUACUUGUACUGAUAGGAUGAUUGUGUCUAAGCUUUAUGUUUCGAUUUCCUAUUCAUUGCCAUAUUUUCUAUUGUUUGAGCGCUUUUCUUAACAUAUGUUUAUUCACACACACACGGAGCUUCUGUACUCUUCACAUCCUAGUCCUAAUACGGAAUAUGUUUACAUAUUGUUUUCUUUUAUUGACUCAAUACAUACAUAAACAAAGCAAGAUGUAGUGUGGUUAUGAAGUAAUAAACGCAUAUUAUCGAUUCCAUGUUGUCUGACGAUUGAGUACAUAGCUCGAAUAAAGCCAAUUAUCAUCAAGAAAGUAAAUUCUUGAACAGCUAUACUUUCAAAAUUUUUAGGUUUGUUUAACAUAUAUAUGGGAAUGAUCAGCAUUAUAAGAUAUUUUCCACUUUUUGAUGCUCGGAUGUAUUAAGUACCAGGUGAUCACUUAUAAUGAUGAGUCAAUUAAGAAGUCUUGAUUCAAAUGUUCA